CCUGACCUCGAUAAAUGCUGCAGAUAUUUCUUACAUAUCUAGGUUUUUUUUUUAUAGCUGAACCAGCAGGGAGCUGUGUUUUGGAUAGAGUGCAUGGAAUCUGAACAGGAAAAAAGAAAAGAAUGGGGGAUUGUUUGGAUGGAUGAUUGCAUUAAGCGGCAAAAAAGGCGUACAAGAAAUUAAAUGUGAUGCUAAUGGAAAUAUGGCUAUUUAACCAAGACUAAUGGAAGAACGCUUAACAUACCAAUCAUUAACACAGGAACAAGCCUAGUUUUUAAGUCUCUUUCCCACUUUGCCCUAUCUGUUUUUAUUUCAUAUUUCAAUUCACUUUAAAUUUUUGCUUUAAAAAAAAAUCAUAGUACACACACUAACACAAGCACCAAGAAAACAUGGCAGAAAACAUAAGUUCCAAGAUGGAUAGUAGCUCCGUGUCCAACAUCUCCCUAGUGGGCCAGGGAGACUCUGUGUCCAAAUCAGUGGAGUAUAAGACCGUCUCCAUUUUCCUGGUGGUUCUGGUAUGUGGUGUGGGAAUCAUCGGCAACAUCAUGGUGGUCCUGGUGGUCCUCACCACCCGACACAUGCGAACACCCACCAAUUGCUACCUGGUAAGCCUCGCUGUGGCUGAUCUGACAGUGCUGGUGGCGGCUGGGCUUCCCAACAUCUCCGAGAGCUUGAUGGCCACCUGGGUGUAUGGGCAAGCUGGCUGUUUGGGCAUUACCUACCUUCAGUACCUGGGCAUCAAUGUGUCCUCCUGCUCCAUCACAGCCUUCACAGUAGAGAGAUAUAUAGCCAUCUGUCACCCAGUGAGGGCUCACACGGUGUGUACGGUCUCCAGGGCCAAGCGCAUUAUUGCAGGCGUGUGGGCCUUCACCUGCGUCUACUGCAUGCUUUGGCUCUUCCUAGUGGACAUCCAAGUGAACAGUGAUGGACGUGUACAGUGUGGCUACCGCGUCUCUCGUGACCUCUACCUGCCCAUCUACCUCAUUGAUUUCACCAUUUUUUAUGUCAUUCCACUGCUGCUGGCUAUCGUCCUGUAUGGCCUCAUUGCACGAAUCCUAUUCCUCAACCCCCUGUCCCACCCACCGGAUUCAGGCACCAUCGCGGCCCCCGCCCUCCGAAGAAGCUGCAAGGAACCUGCAGAUGCAAGCAAAGGAGGUCGCCAAGGACGACCAAAAAGUGCACUCUCAUCUCGGAAGCAGGUAACCAAGAUGCUUGCUGUGGUGGUGGUCCUUUUCGCCCUGCUGUGGAUGCCAUACAGGACCCUGGUGUUAAUCAACUCCUUUGUCAGCACACCAUACCUGGAUGCCUGGUUCUUGCUGUUCUGCAGGACGUGCAUCUACGCCAACAGUGCUAUCAAUCCUGUAGUGUACAACCUAAUGUCUCAGAAGUUCCGCUCUGCGUUUCGUGACCUGUACCGGUGCCAGCAGCCAGCCAGUCACCAGCGUAGUCUCUCCUCACUCCAGACCAGCUACACUGUUGCUAGAGACCCUCAAAACACUCAUAUCAGCAAUGGUACCAAGGAAACUGUAAAGAGAAUCAGCUGUGCCACUGCUAACCAGGAACCAAUCAUGGAAAGCCCCCUGGGUGCAAAGAAAGAUGCUGCAGAGAAUACUGGUAUUGACAGCGUGAAUAAGCUACAAGAAAAGGCAGAUGAAACUGACGCGGUGAACGAUCAGGAAAAUGCUGCAGAAACUGAAAUAAAGGGAAUUAAGAACGAAGAUAAUGGCCCUGGCUUGGAGAAAAAGAUUGAUAGCCUACAUACCGAUAUUAGAAAAGACAUUGAAAAUAAUGUUAACAAUGGCACCAUUCCAGACAUUAUCCAUUCUAACAAAGAGAAGGUUGUGCCAGCCUCUGAUGAGAUGGAGCCUGCACUUCCUCAUGUUGAGCAAAAUAAUAAAGAACUGAUCCAUAGCACAUUGUAAUCCCCCUCUUAUCUGCACUUUUAAAAAGAUCUUCAAGAGAACUCGAGUAUGUUUUGAAGUUGUAUGGUUUAUUGCACCGAAUAUCAAAAAAAAUCUUGUGUAUUUAAAAGGAGAAUAAAAAAAUUCUCAAGAUCAAUGUAGGCUUCAAAAGAGUAUAUCUUUGCACCUGCUGAUGAGACAGUUUCUAAUGAAUUGCAAAUACUGUGACACUUUCUCUGCGUCAAUCUAAUUGGUUGGUGGAAUCACCAGCAUCAGUUUGCCCUUUUUUAUUGGCUUUAAAGAUUUCGAUGUGUUCUCUUCAUCCAUGUUAAAUUAAAACAACCUGCCUGCACUUUCCGUAAGGAGAGAAAAAAGUAAUGACUUCAGCUAAGUGAGUAAAUAACCAAUCUCUAAAAGAACAGAGAGGGUCGCACGGCAACUGCUACAAGCCGCUUUUAUCUGAUAACAUGGCCCAGAGCAUCAGGUCAGCACUAAAACACAUCCCUGUUAUCCGUUCAGCCAAAAGGAGGUAUUUAGAGGCUGGCAUUAUACCAGAGAAAGAGCAGAGAGCAUGGCCAGUGAACUGACUUGUAAUGCAUCAACAUUUGUUCUGCAUAAAAGCUUGGGCUUUAGGAAGACUCAUGGUUUACAACAGCCAUCAUGCCCAGAAGCACGAUUGAGUCGUUUGGGUGGCUUUUCAGGAAUGGAUGCAGAUUAGACCAGACAGAGCGAGAGUAAGACAUCAAUUUACAGACUCAUCUAUUUAUCUAUUUAUUUAUAUCACGUACGUAGAUAGGACAUUUUAGGAUAACUGAUGCUUUUUGCUGAAACAAAAGAAAAGAUAUAUCCUUUGUGUGUCUGUUAACAAAAUGAUUCUCACACUGAUGUGUACUGAUACUGAGAAGACCUUAAAGCACUUUUAUGUGUCCCUAGUGACAAAAUAUUUAUGUAAAUUUUUCACCAGUCAUAAAUUUGAUUUUCAGUCAUAAAUGGUAUUUUUAUGAUGCUGUAACGACUUAAACACCAUCCUGCUUAAUGUGUGCUUUACGUUGCUCUUUUACAAAAGCAAUCUAUUCCAUGUUGUAAUUGCUUUAUUGUGAAGCCUGUGGUUUAUGCCUUUCUUGUGCGGUUUCCUUAAAAGGAGAGAUUAUGAUAAGAUCUUGAAAUUGUUUGUGGCUGCUUUUGUGGAUUAUUAAAAUAAUUUUAGCCCUGCCACACUCUGAGCUUUGCCUGGAAGUCAGAAUUCUUAUCAUUUCAUUUAUCUCAUCAGGCAUCUUGUUAGGAAAAAAACCCCACCACCAUUCUGCUCACUGCCUCUGUAGUGCUUGAGCUAUUAUUUCUCUACUGUCACAUUUCAUUUGAUAAGCAGUGAAUGAAGCCAGCACCAGUGUAAAGAGCUCAUUUCAGAGUGCUAAAGUGGAAAGUGUGUUAUGCUGAUGUCUUCGCCACACACUGCCGUUUUUCUGAUUUUAAUUGCAUUGGUGACAGGGAUGGAAAAACAAAUUGUUUUCUUUAAAGGCUGGAGAAAUGCAUGGCUUUGCUGAGGAACUGUGUUAGCUAAAGUGAAUUUGUUGUCACCGCAGAAAAUCCCAUGAGGGAAGAUAUUACGCCGUUGGUGUGCUGCUUGUAAUAGCUUUUUUUAAUCCACUUAAUAUUUGCUCAGUUCUUAAUGUUAACCUUCUGGAAUCAGAGCUUGAUGUAUGCGUAACUUCUGUAUU